CCACCGGCUGCGGUCCAUGAGACGGAGACGGCUGUCGUAGGUUAUCUUACUGGUCGCCUCCCUGGCCUCAAACGAUGACCGUCCAAGACCUCCCUGGACUGCUUCGGUGGCCACCAUUCCGUGACAGCCCAGAGCCUGCCUCCCGACCUCUCGUUGACGACGUUCCAUGACUUCCCGCACUGUGCCAGGGACACAAAGAACCACAUUGGCGAAGGCAUCUCAAAUGGUCCCGUGCAGCCUUCGUGAUCUUACGAGCCUACCUGCGAACCUGACUGCUAACAGCAAUUCGAAUGGAACCGAUCCAGUCCUCAAAUCGUGCAACGCUUAGAGCCACCGGAACCAAUUCACAGCUCGGAGGGUGUCACGUGCCCUCCCGGUUGGGCGGAACGGCGUGGGGACUGCAAUGGUCACGAGGUGAUGGAGCUGCAUCGUUGGGGAAAACCGACAGCCCAUUGAAAGUCACCGAGGACAUUUCGUUCAGGUGUUGUUCCUGCUCCUAUGUCACCAGAGAUCAGCAUGAAAUUGUGAGCCACCUGGUUGACCAUGGUGAUGAACAAUGCAAGAGCCAGCAUCCCCCCGUGUCCUCUGGCUCUAUGUUCAAAGUGCCAAGCAACACUCAAAAGCACAAACGCAAUAAGGUUAAGUGCAAACUGUGUCCGCAAGCCUUUGUUAACAAGUUCCGACUGACCAGGCAUAAUCAAACACACACAGGUGAGAAGUCAUAUAAGUGUAAACUGUGCCCUCAAGCUUUUGCUCUGAAUUUUUAUCUGAGAAUACAUACCCAAACACACAUUCGUAAAAGGACAUUUAAGUGCAAGCUUUGCCCAAAAGCCUUUGCUCUGAAUUCAUAUCUGAGAAAGCAUAACCGAAUACACACCGGUGAAUAUCCAUUUAAGUGCAAGCUUUGUCCAAAAGCCUUUGCUCGGAAUUCAGAUCUGAGAAGGCAUAACAGAACACACACUGGUGAAAAGCCAUUUAAGUGCAAGCUGUGUCUAAAAGCCUAUGCUCAGAAUUCAAAUCUGAAAAGGCAUAACAAAACACACACUGGUGAAAAACCAUUUAAGUGCAAAAUUUGUCCAAAAGCCUUUGCUCAGAAUUCAAAUCUGAGAAUGCAUAACCGAACACACACUGGUGAAAAGCCAUUUAAGUGCAAGCUCUGUCCAAAAGCCUUUGCUCGGAAUUCAGGUCUGAGAAGGCAUAACAAAACACACUGGCGAAAAGCCAUUUAAGUGCAAACUUUGUCCAAAAGCCUUUUCUCAGAAUUCAGAUCUGAGAAUGCAUAACCAAACACACACUGGUGAAAAGUCAUUUAACUGCAAGCUUUGCUCACAAGCUUUUGCUCAGAAUGCAGAUCUGAAAGCCCAUAAUCGCACACACACUGAUGAAAAGCCAUUUAAGUGCAAGCUUUGCCCAAAAUCAUAUGGUCUAAAUUCAUCUCUGAAAAAGCAUAACUCAACACACACUGGUGAGAAGUCGUAUAAGUGCAAGCUUUGCCCAAAGGCCUUUGCUAGGAAUUCAUUUGUGAGAAUACACAUCCAAAGACACACUGGUGAAACGCCAUUUAAGUGCAAGCUUUGC